AUGGCCAAGUCAGGAAGAAGACGAAGUAGUGGCAUGCGCAAUGCUAGCAAUGGCUCCAACAAGUCCAUUUUCCGCAAUCCCGAGGACCAGAUUUACGAAGAGCCUGAGCUAAUAAUGGAUCCUGCUGGGAACGCCUCGACUCAAGGAAGUCUCCCACUGAGGUCAAGAGACCGCAACUCGAUCCUACGAGGAUCGAGGCCUCUUCCUGAAAAGCCAGGCGUCACUUUCGCACCGCAACAGCCGCGCCACAAUCGAGUUGAGAUCCACAAGAACCCACCUUCACGAUCCCGAAAUGCUGCGUACACCAGCAGUGUGUCUCAUGCACGCCAUCAGUCAAUCGACGAGGCGGAAGAAGAGCCACGUAGAUCCGUGGACGGCAUUGAAAUUCGAAGUGAUGACAUCCGAGCAGCAACCGGAUUCAAGCUGAAGGACAGAAGUGCGAAACUGCCCACACCUUCGGCAGUAAGUGAUCAGCUUGGAAGGCCCAUCGUCAGCUUUGACCCUAGUUGGAGGCCAUCCGGUGAUUCUCCUCGGAAUAGCCACGAUACAGCUAGGCCGGUCAUCAAGUUCACUGAGUCACCACGGACGAGCAAGGACAUGCAGCGACCUCUCCCACGGCCGCUACCAUCAACUUCCGAGGCGGUCAAUACGGCUCCAGCAGUGCCAACGAUCAACCUGCCUGGCGAUGAUGAUGUCCCAAGCAUCCAAGUCGACGACUGCAGUGGUCCAAGUAUCAGUGUGACCGCGCCAGAGAUCGCCGUCACAGCACCGACCGCACCCACCUACUCUAUCUUCCCACCAGCUGAACCUAAAUCGGCCCCAAAGCUCCAGCAAGACCGCUGCCUGUACAUGCCGCUACAGCCCCUAUUCCACCCAGAGUGCUUCGCAUGUCACCAUUGCCAAGCCAACCUCGAAUGCAUCGCAUUCUUCCCCGAGCCCGAUGCAAAGCGAGCAGAAAGACUAGAGGCCGAGGGCAUCGCCGAGGGAUCAGAAGAGGCAGAUGUCCGCUUCUACUGCUCGCUCGACUACGCCGAAAUGUUCGCUCCACGAUGCAAAUCAUGCAAGACACCCAUCGAGGGAGAAGUCAUCGUCGCCGCUGGUGCAGAAUGGCACGUCGGCCAUUUCUUCUGUGCGGAAUGUGGUGACCCGUUCGAUUCGAACACGCCUUUUGUCGAGAAGGAUGGGUAUGCUUACUGCGUGCGGUGCCAUACGAAGCGCACGAGUGCAAGGUGUCGGGAGUGUAAGCAGCAGAUCUUGGAGGAGGUCACCGUUGAGGCGUUGGGUGGGAAGUGGCAUGAGAGCUGCUUCAAGUGCUUUGAGUGCGAGGGGGGUUUUGGUGAGGAUGGGCGGUUCUUUAUAAGGGAUGUGUCGGUAGAGCCAACGGACAAGGAAAAGCGGAAGGGGAUCAUGGCGAAGAUGGAGGAGAAGGCUGUGUGUUCUGGUUGUGAGGAGAGAAGGCUGAAAGCGUAG